AUGGAGCGUGUGAUGCAGCUGGCGUCGGAGCGAGCGGUGGUGGUGUUCACGCUGAGCAGCUGCUCCAUGUGCCACACGGUGACGCGGAUGAUGGCGGACCUGGGCGUGAACGCGCUGGUGCACGAGCUGGACAGCGACCCCAGGGGCAAGGACAUGGAGCGCGCCCUGCACAAGAUGCUGGGCGGCAGGGGCUCCGCCGUGCCCGCCGUCUUCAUCGGCGGCAAGCUCGUCGGCGGCACCAACAGGGUCAUGUCGCUCCACCUCACCGGCGAGCUCAUGCCCAUGCUCAUGAACGCCGGCGCGGUCUUGGUUUAG